CUCCAACCAGCCCACCCCCAAUGCCCGAGGACCGCCGCGACAGUGAAGCGAGCCAGAGUUCAUUAAUCAGCUACCGGAGCGUCGAGAAUCAGAGCCCAGAUACACCUGAGCAAGGAACACCUGAGCAGCAUGCCGAGACACAAGAGACCAAUCCACAGAGCGUCAGCCCGACCAGCGUGUCGCCGUCUCGCCAUCGGGUCCAUUUCGGAACAGACUUGAGAUACGAGUAUGGCGAUGUCGACACGGAAUCAGAGGACUCACCCGACGCAUCACCGCCUGAAAGUCAUCAUCGCCCGACUCAGGGGUCUAUAGAUAUCACCGAGGCACGGCCGAGGAAACGAUCGAUUUAUCUUGCCCAGCCCCGCGGGACAGAUAGUGUGGAUUUUGAGAAAGAGUCAUUUGCUCAUCCUUCUGACCCUGGUACUACCAAUGGCUCGUUUCUAGGCCGACUUAACGAGCUCAGACAUGCGGCAACAAAGAAAAUGAGAGAGUUCGCGACUCAGCUUGGGCGCCCACCUUCGGAUGAAAAGGUUGUGCGAGCUAUGCAGUAUCGUCCUGAUUCGGCGGCAGGUAGCGAGCUCACACUUUCCGAGAAGGGGUAUGACCACGGUAGAUCGAGCUCUGAGGCCCAUCGUCUUGUUCGGGAAAUGUCUGAGGACCAGAUGGCUUAUCAUCGUCCCAGACAUAACAAACACUAUCCGCACAAGGGUCCGGAUUACUGGGGUAGUCCUGCUGAUGCGUGGAAUGGGGCAGUAAUAAGACGUCGUGGUAGUACUGGGGGUGUCUUGUCACAGCUUCUGAAACUCAAUGGAGCCCUGGAUCAUGCGCAUAUAGGCGCACCAUCAACCAGUAGUCAGUCUCCCAGGGAGAUGGGGACUCCUCUAAGUGGGAGCGCAUCUGGGACAGCUACGCCACGGAAAAUGAAAUGGUAUAAGAAGCCACCGAAUAUGUCGCCUAAUGCUCUGGCUACCGCCUCGACGAAUGUCAGUGGAGCGAGCACGCCGGUUUCGAGUGAAGUGCUCACGGCUGCCUCGAAACGGCGCAGCAAACAGUCGCCCGGGAAUAUGAGGCUUGAGGAUGAGAUCCAAAUUACCCUGCACAUUGCACAGAUUAUUGCGCGAGAGAGAUACAUCAUGCAGCUUUGCAAGGCACUCAUGGUCUUUGGGGCCCCCACGCAUCGGUUAGAGGAAUACAUGCAAAUGACCGCGAAGGUCCUCCAAGUCGAUAGCCAGUAUCUCUACGUGCCCGGGUGCAUGAUAAUGUCCUUCGACGACCCUUCAACACGAACUGCAGAAGUAAAACUCGUCCGCGUCUCGCAAGGCGUCGACCUAGGGCGUCUUUCCGAGACUCACGAUAUCUACAAAAACGUCAUCCACGACGUGAUAGGAAUCGAAGAAGCAACCCAAGAAUUAGAAGACAUCAUGAAACGAAAACCCCGGUACAACAAACUAAUCAUCGUGCUAGUCUGCGGCCUAGCCACCGCCAUGGUCGGUCCGUUCGCCUUCGGCGCCAGACCCAUCGACAUGCCUAUCAUCUUCUUCAACGGCUGUCUGCUCGGCAUCAUGCAACAUGUCAUUGCCCCACGCUCAGUCCUCUACUCAAAUGUCUUCGAAGUAACAGCCGCAGUGCUGACCUCAUUCAUUGCGCGUGCCAUCGGCAGCAUAACAACCACCAUCCACGGCAAGCCACACCAAUACCUCUUCUGUUUCUCCGCCAUCGCCCAAUCCUCCAUCGCCCUCAUCCUCCCCGGCUACACAGUCCUCUGCAGCAGUCUGGAACUACAGUCUCACAAGAUAGUCCCAGGCUCCAUCCGCAUGGUCUACGCAAUCAUCUACUCCCUCUUCCUAGGCUACGGCGUCACAGUCGGAACAACCAUUUACGGCCUGAUCGACCGCACCGCAACAUCUAACACAACCUGCCCCAACAUCCUGGGCUUCAGGAACCCCUACGUCGCCCGCUUCCCCUUCGUCAUCGCCUUCUCCAUCUGUCUCCUGAUCAUCAACCAGGGGAAAUGGAAACAAGGCCCGGUAAUGGUCAUCAUCUCCUUCACAGGCUACGUAACAAAUUACUUCGUCACCAAACGUCUCGGGACAAAUACCCAGGUCGCCAACACCGUCGGCGCAUUCGCUAUAGGGGUCAUGGGGAACCUGUACAGUCGACUCUGGCACGGCCAUGCAGCUACGGCUAUUUUACCGGGGAUAUUUGUCCUCGUUCCGUCUGGGCUUGCGGCGUCUGGGUCGUUGAUUGCGGGUGUUGAGUCGGCGGAUGCUAUUCGGUCGAAUAUCACCCGUAAUGCUAGUCAUGGGGAUACAAGCUCUGCUGGCGUGGGACAGCAGAAGUCCGUGCAGGAUUUGGGGUUCGGGAUGGUGCAGGUUGCGAUCGGGAUCACGGUGGGAUUGUUUGUGGCAGCUUUGGUGGUUUAUCCCUUGGGGAAGAGGAGGAGUGGCUUGUUUAGUUUCUAGUUUCCCUGCUUUGUAGUAUUUGGGGGUGGGCUUUAAUAUUUAACAGAAUAUUUGGAUGUCUACGGUAAAUAGUCAUGUAUGUAUGGCUUGGCUUGCAUGUUCUAUCGUCACCAAAGUCUACACGGUUCUAAUUCACUACCUUCUAAUUUCCAACCCAUAAGCCAAGCCGGAAAAUGCUCCGUUGAACAGAAUUGUGUAAUCUAUAAGAUUAGGGGGCCCUGCCCAUAGAUUUC